AUAGGCAUUGUAUGUUUUUAUCUGCGCAUAAAAAAAACCUUCGUGUGAUCGAUUAAAAAAUUCUACUGUCAAACUUGUCAAAAGGGCCAGACAAGCGCAAAUACAAAAAGAUGCUGACUUCCAGGCUAUUGGGUGGUGUGAAGGUAGCACAGACCUCUGUGAUGGUCACCAGGAACCUGGCGGCCGCGCAGAAGGCUAAUGACCCAAUCCAGCAGUUGUUCCUCGACAAAAUCCGCGAGUACAAACAGAAGAGCGCUGGUGGCAAGAUCGAUGUCAGCCCAGCUAUUGCUAAGGAAAUGAAACAGGAGUUGGAGAAGCUGGAGAAGCAGUACGGCGGUGGCUCCGGAGUGGACAUGACCUCAUUCCCUACCUUCAAAUUCGAGGAACCCAAGCUGGACCCCAUCAACGAGAGCCUCGCCAAGUGAACACCUACUUGUUAACUAGUGAAUGCUUUGUCAUGGUAUAUUUAUAAGUGUAUAAUAAAAUCAUUGGAUUAGACAGUCUGAG